GAUUGGAAUUUACACUUGGCAUGGAAGUAUAAUACCCAUUCUGCAUGUUUUCUAUACAGCAGGAUUACACUAGGGUUUUAAUUCGAUUUCUAAUAAGGUCCUGGGCUCUUUCUGCCCAAAUACAAACAGAUUAACAGCUGAGUAUCUCCAUGCUAUUGAUUUAUGUUAGAUUGAUGUUUUAAACUAGGAAUAUAAACGAUGGAACUACACAUUAUAGAUGGAACAUCUAUAUGCCUGGCAAAAUAUACAAAUGCUGAAAUGCCAUUUCCUGUCACAUACAUCAAGGACCAAUUAAGAUCAUGCUUAGAAUAGGAUCACAAAUGUAUCCUUAUCUUUGCUUCAUCUUAAAUGGAUAGCUGUCCCUCCAAAAAAUGUUAAGACGCAAACUAUUUCAAGGUUUCACAUUUCUCCAAUUCCAUCCAUCGGUUUAUGUAACGUCUGCCCUCUGCCUCUGAAAACCAUUGUCUGGCCACCAUGCCACUAGAUCCCAGAAUAAGCCCCAUAAUGAGAGAUGACAGAGAACUAAUCAGGGGGGUGGCUUACUUUUCCAUGCCCAAAACAACGGGAAGGAUAUGAGGGGCGACCCAAAUUAUCUCAAUAAAAGCCGCCCCAGUGAGUCCCUUUGAUUACUGAGGGAUCCGUCUAAGGGAGAACUCUGGUGAGUGAAACAAAACAGCAACAUUUUCUCAGUGAGUCUGGAUUUGGUAAAAGCCCAGCCAUGAGUACGGACGCAGAGAUGGCCAUUUUCGGCGAGGCAGCCAUAUACCUCCGGAAACCGGAGAGAGAGAGGAUUGCUGCUCAGAACAUCCCAUUUGAUGCCAAGACAGCCUGCUAUGUGACCGACAGCAAAGAGCUGUACCUCAAAGGCAACAUCCAGAAGAGAGACGGUGGCAAAGUCACUGUAAAGAUUACUGGUGGACAAGGUGUAACAGUGACGGAGGAUGAUGUGUAUCCAAUGAAUCCUCCUAAAUUUGAUAAGAUUGAGGACAUGGCCAUGAUGACCCACCUCAACGAGGCCACUGUGCUGUAUAACCUCAAAGAGCGUUACGCAGCAUGGAUGAUCUAUACCUACUCUGGGCUGUUCUGUGUUACUGUGAACCCCUAUAAGUGGUUACCAGUCUACAACCAGGAGGUGGUAGUGGCCUAUAGAGGGAAGAAACGCAUGGAAGCCCCGCCUCAUAUCUUCUCUGUCUCUGACAACGCAUAUCAGUUCAUGCUCACUGACCGAGAGAACCAGUCUGUCCUUAUCACUGGAGAAUCUGGUGCAGGGAAGACUGUGAACACUAAGCGUGUCAUCCAGUACUUUGCGACAAUCGCAGUGUCUGGGAAGAAAGAAUCUACCAGUGGCAAAAUGCAGGGCUCGCUGGAGGAUCAAAUCAUUGCAGCCAACCCCCUGCUAGAGGCCUAUGGGAAUGCCAAAACUGUGAGGAACGACAACUCCUCACGAUUUGGUAAAUUCAUCAGGAUUCAUUUUGGAACCACUGGAAAGCUAGCAUCAGCUGAUAUUGAGACAUACUUGCUGGAAAAGUCCAGAGUGACAUUCCAGCUUGCUGAUGAGAGAAGUUAUCACAUCUUCUAUCAAGUAAUGGCCAACCACAAGCCAGAGCUGAUAGAGAUGCUGCUCAUCACAACCAACCCAUAUGAUUUCCCCAUGAUCAGUCAGGGGCAGAUCACUGUGACCAGCAUCGUAGACAAAGAUGAACUGGUCGCCACCGAUACUGCUAUUGAUAUCUUGGGCUUCACGCUGGAUGAAAAGAUGGGCAUCUUCAAGCUGACAGGUGCUGUGAUGCAUCAUGGGAACAUGAAGUUCAAGCAGAAGCAGAGGGAGGAGCAAGCAGAGCCAGACGGCACUGAGGUGGCUGACAAAAUUGCCUACCUCCUGGGCCUGAAUUCUGCAGAUCUGCUAAAAGCUCUCUGCUACCCCAGAGUGAAGGUUGGAAAUGAAUAUGUCACCAAGGGACAGACAGUCCAGCAGGUCCAUAAUUCAGUUAUGGCCCUGGCAAAAUCCAUCUACGAGAAGAUGUUCUUGUGGAUGGUUAUCCGCAUUAACCAGAUGUUGGACACCAAGCAGCCAAGGCAGUUCUUCAUUGGUGUCCUGGACAUCGCUGGGUUUGAGAUCUUUGACUACAACAGUCUGGAGCAGCUGUGUAUCAACUUCACCAACGAAAAACUGCAACAGUUUUUCAACCACCACAUGUUUGUGCUGGAACAAGAGGAGUACAAGAAAGAGGGAAUUGAGUGGGAGUUCAUAGACUUUGGAAUGGACUUGGCCGCCUGCAUUGAGCUCAUUGAGAAGCCAAUGGGCAUCUUUUCCAUCCUCGAAGAGGAGUGCAUGUUCCCCAAGGCUUCAGACACCACCUUCAAGAGCAAGCUGUACGACCAGCAUCUGGGAAAGACUGGCUGCUUUCAGAAGCCCAAGCCUGCCAAAGGCAAGGCCGAGGCCCACUUCUCCCUGAUGCACUAUGCCGGAACUGUCGACUACAACAUCUGUGGAUGGCUGGACAAGAACAAGGACCCGCUGAACGAGUCUGUGGUCCAGCUGUAUCAGAAGUCUGCUGUUAAACUGCUGUCUCUCUUAUAUGCAAGCUUUACACAAGCAGAUGAUCUUAGCAAGAAAGGUGCCAAGAAGAAAGGUGGCUCCUUCCAAACAGUGUCUGCUUUGUUUAGGGAGAACUUGGGCAAGCUGAUGACAAACCUCAGAUGCACUCAUCCUCACUUUGUGCGCUGCUUGAUUCCCAACGAGUCAAAGACUCCAGGUCUCAUGGAGAAUGCCUUGGUGAUCCACCAGCUGAGGUGUAAUGGUGUGUUAGAAGGUAUCAGAAUCUGCAGAAAAGGUUUCCCAAGCAGAAUCCUGUAUGGUGAUUUCAAGCAAAGGUACAAAGUAUUGAAUGCCAGUGUUAUCCCCGAUGGCCAGUUCAUUGACAACAAGAAAGCUUCAGAGAGGCUCUUGGGGUCAAUUGAUGUGGACCACACUCAGUACAAAUUUGGGCACACCAAGGUGUUUUUUAAGGCUGGGCUGCUGGGAACUCUGGAGGAGAUGAGAGAUGAGAAGCUGGCAGCGUUGGUUACAAUGACUCAAGCGCUCUGCAGAGGCUUCGUCAUGAGGAAGGAGUUCAAAAAGAUGAUGGAGCGAAGAGAAUCUAUCUUCAUCGUCCAGUACAACAUCCGCUCCUUCAUGAACGUGAAACACUGGCCAUGGAUGAAGCUGUACUUCAAGAUCAAGCCCCUGCUGAAAAGUGCUGAGACAGAGAAGGAAAUGGCCACCAUGAAGGAAGAGUUUGCCAAGUGCAAGGAGAACCUGGCCAAGGCUGAAGCCAAGAAGAAGGAACUAGAGGAGAAAAUGGUCUCUCUUCUGCAGGAAAAUAACGAUCUUCAGUUACAAGUAGCUUCGGAAAGUGAGAACCUUUCAGAUGCGGAGGAGAGAUGUGAGAGUCUCGUCAAGAACAAGAUCCAGCUGGAGGUCAAAGCUAAAGAGCUGAGUGAGAGACUGGAGGAUGAGGAGGAGAUCAACGCUGAGCUGACCGCCAAGAAGAGGAAGCUGGAGGACGAGUGUUCUGAGUUAAAGAAGGACAUUGAUGAUCUGGAGCUCACCCUGGUUAAAGUGGAGAAAGAGAAACAUGCCACUGAAAACAAGGUGAAAAACUUGACUGAAGAAGUGUCAACACUGGAUGAAACCAUUGUUAAAUUAUCCAAGGAGAAGAAAGCCCUCCAAGAAGCCCACCAGCAAGUCUUACAUGAUCUCCAGGCAGAGGAAGAGAAAGUCAACACUCUGACCAAAGCCAAGGCCAAGCUGGAACAGCAAGUGGACGACGUAGAGGGCUCUCUUGAACAAGAGAAGAAACAUUCCAUGGACCUUGAGAGAUCCAGGAAGAAGAUUGAGGGAGAUUUAAAACAUGCCCAGGAAUCCAUAAUGGAUCUGGAGAAUGAAAAACAGCAAAUGGAUGAAAAGCAGAAGAAGAAAGACUUUGAAAUCUGUCAUCUUGCUGGGAAAAUGGAGGAUGAGCAAGCCCUUGGUGCCCAGUUGCAGAAGAAACUAAAGGAACAUCAGGCCCGUAUUGAGGAGCUGGAAGAGGAGAUUGAGGCAGAACGUGCUGCCAGGGCUAAGGUGGAGAAACAGAGGUCUGAUCUCGCCAGGGAACUUGAGGAGAUCAGCGAGAGGCUUGAAGAAGCUGGUGGAGCCACCAUUGCUCAGAGUGAGGUGAACAAGAAGCGAGAGGCCGAGUUUCAGAAACUGAGACGAGACCUGGAGGAGUCAACUCUGCACCAUGAGGCUACUUCUGCUGCCCUGCGUAAGAAACACGCAGAAAGUAUGGCCGAGAUGGGAGAGCACAUCGACAACCUGCAGCGAGUCAAGCAGAAGCUGGAGAAGGAGAAGGGAGAAUACAAAAUGGAGAUCAGUGACCUGGUCAGCAACAUGGAGUCGAUGUCCAAAUUGAAGAGUAACCUGGAGAAAAUGUGCCGAAGUCUUGAAGAUCAAAUCAGCGAGCUAAAGGCCAAAAGCGACGAAAGUCAGCGAAACGUCACUGACAUCACUGUUCAAAAAGCAAGAUUCCAAACAGAGAAUGGCGAGCUUUCUCGUCAGCUGGAGGAGAGAGAAUCACUGGUAUCCCAGCUGACCAGAAGCAAACAGGCUUUGACAUCGCAGGUGGAUGAACUGAAGAGGCUGGCUGAAGAGGAGCUUAAGGUCAAAAAUGCCCUAGCCCAUGUCCUCCAAUCAUCCCGCCAUGACUGUGACCUGCUGAGGGAGCAGUUCGAGGAGGAGCAGGAGGCCAAGGCAGAGUUGCAGCGCGGCAUGUCCAAGGCCAAUGGAGAGGUGGCUCAGUGGAGAACCAAAUAUGAGUCUGAUGCCAUCCAGAGAACAGAAGAGCUGGAGGAGGCCAAGAAGAAGCUUGCCCUGCGUCUUCAGGAUGCUGAAGAGACCAUUGAGGCUGUGAACGCUAAGUGUUCCUCUCUGGAGAAGAGCAAGCAGAGGCUGCAGGGAGAGGUGGAGGACCUGAUGAUUGAUCAGGAGAAAAAUAAUGCCUGGGCCGCUAACCUGGACAAAAGGCAAAAGAACUUUGACAAGGUUUUGACUGAAUGGAAGCAGAAGUAUGAGGAGAGUCAGGCUGAGCUGGAAGGUUCCCAGAAAGGGUCUCGUGCUAUGAGCACUGAGCUCUUCAAAAUGAAGAAUUCUUACGAGGAAUGUCUGGAUCAGCUGGAGACCAUGAAAAGAGAGAACAAGACACUGCAGCAGGAGGUCACAGACCUGAGUGAUCAGCUUGGUGAGACUGGGAAGAGCAUCCAUGAAGUGGAGAAGGCCAAGAAGAUUAUAGAGACUGAGAAAGCAGAGAUCCAGACAGCUCUUGAGGAAGCAGAGGCCUCUCUGGAGCAUGAGGAGUCCAAGAUCCUACGUGUGCACCUGGAGCUGGCCCAGGUCAAAGGCGAAGUGGGCAGGAAGCUAGCGGAGAAGGACGAGGAGAUGGAUAAGCUAAAAUGCAACAGCCAGAGGUUGAUUGAGUCCAUGCAGAGCACUCUGGAAGCUGAGGUCAGGGGCAGGAAUGAUGCUCUCAGGUUCAAACGCAAAAUGGAGGCUGAUCUUAACGAGUUGGAGGUCCAGCUGAGUCAUGUCAACCGGCAGUCUGCUGAGGCCCAGAAACAGCUGAGGAAUGUCCAGGGACAACUUAAGGAUGCCCAGCUGCACCUGGAUGAGGCUCUGCGUAGCCAGGAGGACCUGAGGGACCAGGCAGCCAUGGUAGAGCGCAGGAGCUCCCUGAUGCAGGCCGAAGUGGAGGAGCUGAGGGCUGCCCUGGAGCAGACGGAGAGGAGCCGCAAGAUGGCCGAGCAGGAACUGACUGACGCCUGUGAGAGAGUGGGGCUGCUGCAUUCCCAGAACAUCAACCUGAUGAGCACCAAAAAGAAGCUGGAUGCUGACCUCACCCAACUCCAGGCUGAGGUUGAGGAUGCUGUCCAGGAGGCCAGGAAUGCAGAGGAGAAAGCCAAGAAGGCAAUCACGGAAGCAGCCAUGAUGGCUGAGGAGCUGAAGAAGGAACAGGACACCAGCGCUCACCUGGAGAGGAUGAGGAAAAACCUGGAGGUCACAGUCAAGGACCUGCAGGUCCGUCUGGACGAGGCUGAGAACUUGGCCAUGAAGGGAGGCAAGAAGCAGCUCCAGAAACUGGAGACCAGGGUGCGAGAGUUGGAGGGAGAACUGGAGACUGAGCAGAGGAUGGGAGUUGAUGCCAUCAAAGGAGUCAGGAAAUAUGAGAGGAGAGUCAAGGAACUCUCCUACCAGGCAGAGGAGGACAAGAAGAAUGUCUUCAGACUCCAGGACCUGGUGAACAAGCUGCAGCUGAAAGUAAAGGCAUACAAACGCCAGGCUGAGGAAGCUGAAGAGCAGGCUAACACCCACCUGAAUAAGUUCAGGAAAGUGCAACAUGAACUGGAGGAGGCAUCCGAGAGGGCUGAUCUCGCUGACUCCCAGGUCAACAAGAUGAGAGCCAAGAGCAGAGACACGGGCUCAACGAGCAAAGAAUAGUGAAGAGAAGAUAUGACUCAGAAGACUCCUAAAAUAGGAGUUUUGAAUGACUUAUGUACUACGCAUGCUUGGCUCACUGUAUGUGCUGUAUUAUUAAACGCACAUAAUAUGG